GUUUUGUUCAAUCAAUAGUUACUCUUUGUUUCCCCUAUGAACUCCGCUUCUCAACGUAUAUUUCUGUACAAAGCCUGAUGAUGAAUAAAUCGAAAACAAUUGUUCGCUUUAAGCGUACCGCUUGCGUUUCUUCUUGCAAUAUAUAAUAAAAAUGGGCAUACUACACGAUAUUAAACGUUGCAAAUGCCCCCAAACGCUCAAAGAACUCAAUCAGUAUAUUAAGUUCAGCGUCAGAUUUGCCGAAACGGAAACCUUUAUCGAAUUUCAUCGUCAGUGCGUUGAGAAGAGCACCUAUCCCAAAGCAUUCUCGAAAGCUUUACGAAGGCACCACAUACGACCUACAAGAAGCAGCUUAAAGCGUCAUGCGCUAAACAUUAUAGAAUCAGCAAAAUCGAAGCUAUCUGAGACUGAACGGCAUAUAGCACAGAGGAAAGCCGCCCUAGACGACCUCAACCAUGAUGAACGAGUCCGAUUUAUCGAGUAUGUGCGCAACGUGACCUCCAAGCGUACAUCCAAGAAGAGAGUACUCCUGCAGAAAACGCUGACCGUGAAAGAAUGUCCGAACACAUUUCCAUCAAAUCCGGAAAGAUAUGUACACAACCUGUCCAGUAUACGACUAGACACCUUACAAAUGCAGGCGCUUUCAUUGGGACUUAAAUUUUGUCAUCCACGAAGUAAUGACCACCGACUAGAAAUCGAAACUCAAUUUGAAUACCUUAAUAGCCAGACAAGUGAUUUAGCAGCCACUUCCAACACCAAUCUCGAACAAUUUAAAUCGGACUUGGUCAACAUUUCCUUUCAGUAUCAACGAUACCCCAUGACACAUUCCCGGUUACUAACAAAGGCACACAUCGAAGCUAUAAGAGAACUUCAAAAAAACGAGAGAAUCAUUAUCACCAAGCCAGAUAAAGGAUCAGGAGCCGUAAUCAUGGACCGCACAGAAUACGUACAAAAGAUGAAGCUUAUUCUCUCGGACUCCUCCAAAUUCGUACGAUGUGAACGAGAGAAGGACAAAACAGAUUACACCGAAACACAACUGACAAAGUGUUUGAAAUCACUGGUCACUGAUGGUCACAUAACUAAAGAAAGAUAUGAAAGGAUAAGACCCACCGGCUCCAUAAUUCCUAGGCUUUACGGUCUCCCAAAAAUACACAAGCCAGGUGCACCAUUGCGACCGAUAUUAGAUAUGAGGAACUCACCAUAUCACACCAUCGCAAAGUGGUUAACGUCUAUUUUGGAUCCUAUUAGGAAAAGAAUAGCCCCUCACCAACUAACAGACACAUUUCAAUUUGUGGAAAACGUUAAAAAUAUGAACAUCUUAGGCUACCGAAUGUUUUCUUUGGACGUCGUAUCCCUGUUCACGAAUGUCCCACUUAUAGAAACAGUUAACUUUCUUUGUACUUACAUUGAGAAGCACAAGAUAAAGAUCGAAAUACCAACUGUCCAUCUGAAGCAGCUAUUACUCAGAUGCACUUAUAACAUCCAAUUCCAAUUCAACAAUGAAUUGUACAGACAAGUAGAUGGGGUAGCGAUGGGAUCACCUCUUGGACCACUAUUGGCUGAUGUUUAUAUGGGAAUGUUAGAGGAUGGCCCACUAAAAUCGGUUAUCUCGGGCUUACGCUUCUACCGACGUUACGUUGACGACAUAUUCUGCAUAAUUGAACAGACGAACAACUUGCAAUAUGUCGUCGAGUGUUUUAACAAGGCACAUCCCAACGCCACAUUCACAAUUGAAGAAGAAAUGGAUAACCAAAUGCACUUUUUAGAUGCAAACUUAAAGCGACGAGAUGAUGGAUCAAUUCAGAUAGGAGUCUAUCGAAAGCCGUAUUGGACAGGCCAGUACACACACUUCCGAAGUUUUGUACCAAUAAGCCGAAAAAGAACACUGGUACAUACACUAGCCAAUCGUGCACGGAAAAUCUGCAGUGAGGACACAAUUGAAGAAGAAAUGAAACAAAUCAAGCAAACACUUCGCGAAAACGGUUAUCCAGAACAAUUCAUUGACGUUCAUAUGAAGUCGAGUAGGCCAAAACCAACAGUACAAACAGCGGAAAAGAAACAGCUAUUGCUCCAACUCCCCUUUAAAGGUGACAUACCGGCGGAAAUAUGCACACGACGACUGAUAAAGACUUGCCGGAAGACCUUUAAUGCAGCUCAACUGAGGAUCGUUUUUACAAGCAGUUCGCUCUUUGUUCCUAGGUUCAAAGACAAGAUGCCUGAUCAACGCCAAUCAAUGGUAGUCUACCGGUUUACCUGCUCCUGUGGGGCUAGGUACAUUGGGCGCACGACCAGACAUUUGGAAAAGCGAAUCAAGGAACAUUUACCAACGUCACUCGCCACCCAACGAGAGAAAACUCAGUUGAGUGCCAUAACCAACCAUCUGAUCUGCACCAAUCAUCUGAUUGAUAAGCGCAAGUCUUUUGAGAUCAUCUAUCGAGUUCCAUCACAGCUACACCAUCGGUCAGGAGCUCGGCUACUCGCUACCGCUGAAGCAGUAUGCAUCAGGUUGACAAAACCAAACCUAUGCAUUCAGAAGCAACAUGUACAAGCCUUACAACUACCUUGGCCAGCCAGUAAUAGAGAUGAAUCGGACUUCACUCAUUGGUAUCACAUGCCUUCAGUCAACUGACCACCUGACACGUUACGUUAAGCACUUAAAAUGUUUUGUUCAAUCAAUAGUUACUCUUUGUUUCCCCUAUGAACUCCGCUUCUCAACGUAUAUUUCUGUACAAAGCCUGAUGAUGAAUAAAUCGAAAACAAUUGUUCGCUUU